AUGUGCGGCGUGGACGGCCACUCCAUGUCGCCCACCUUCAACCCGCUACGUGACAAAACCGGCCUGCCAUUCCGUGCCGCCCUUAGCGAUCGCGUGCUAUUAGACAGGCUGUCGGCGCGUUACAUGCAGUACCAGCGGGGGGACGUUGUGGUGCUCAGAUCACCCAUUGAUCCCGACGUGUGCCUCAUAAAACGUCUCAUCGCACUACAGGACGACUGGGUAACAGUGCCGAGCGACAGCACCACUGACGCCAGCACCAGCGGAAGUGACGCCAACAGGGGUGAUGACGUCAUCAGGCGGAUCCCCAAGGGCCACUGCUGGGUGGAAGGGGACAAUGCUGAUGUCAGCGAGGAUUCUAAACACUUUGGCCCGGUGCCACUCGCACUGCCUGAGAGUCCGGUGCUCUGCAGUGUGUGGCCUCUCCACAAAAUGCUGAAUUCUCUUCUUCUCCCGUUCCUCCUGCACCCUGCACCUUACCAUCUGCACCCUGCACCUUACCAUCUGCACCCCGCACCUUACCAUCUGCACCCUGCACCUUACCAUCUGCGCCCUGCACCUUACCAUCUGCACCCUGCACCUUACCAUCUGCGCCCUGCACCUUACCAUCUGCACCCCGCACCCUACCAUCUGCACCCUGCACCUUACCAUCUGCACCUUGCACCCAUCUGCACCCUGCACCUUACCAUCUGCACCUUGCACCUUACCAUCUGCCAGGUGCCACUUGCAUUGCUGGAGGGCCGGGUGCGCUGCAUUGUAUGGCCUCCCCACAGAAUAGGGGGGGUGGAGAGCCGAAUGCCAGAGGGGCGAGUUCUGCCUCUGAAGCAACAACACUAA